AGCAGCAGGGCCACGGGCCCCCAGCUCAGCCGCGGAGGCCCCGGGGAGCCUCUGUGGAGCGGGGCCAGGCCUUUGGCUGCCUCUUCCUUGCCUUGGCACGGCUCAGGCCUUCGGUUUGCUGCUAGCUGCCACCAUGCCCUUGGCUGGAGCUGCACCCCCUGCCUGCAGCCCCUUCCCUGUGCCUCAGCGCUCAGCUGAGGGUGGCUGUCCUCACAUCACCCCACAAGCCUGCUGUAAACAUAGAAGUGCUAUGAGGAGUCAGCUGCCUGGGAGCCAAGGGUGUUACACAGAGAAAGUUGAGGGUCUGUACCUCAACCUGCAAAGCCCUGAAGUCAGAGCUGCCCCCUGGACUGACCGGUCUCAGCAGCAUGGUGAGGAGCAGAUCCAGAGAACCAGGACUCACCCAGCAGGACGUGCAGAGACCUUGCAUGGGGCACGGUAAGUGCUGGGUGAUGGAGAGUGGCAUGGGGACAGUAUGGUUCCACCUCAGCCUCAGGCCCGACUCCCCUUUCUACUGCAGUCUCACCCUGGUCCCCUUGCCCAGGGCUAAACGAGCUGGUCCAAGAAACCUGAUCUUUAUGUUCAAGCGUAACACAGGCCCCAGACAUGCAACUCAGCAGGAACAGCUGUUCCUGGCCAGAUUUGCUCCCUCAGACAUUGGCUGCUCUGUCACUGCCCAGUCUGCCCAGAGUUCAAGAACAUCCAAAAGCUGGAUUUUUGUUAUUGCUGAUUCUUCCCCCCUUCUUUCACCUGCACUGAGCCUCCAAGAAGCCCAAGGUGGAUAAGGAAGCCACAUCCAUCCCCCUGGUGACGUCAAACACCUCUGUCACCUGAACUGUUUGUGUGACAGCAGCUCCAAGGGCUUCCACUGCACAGCCAGAGAGGCUGGAGCAGCAGCCCAGAGCCAACCUGCUUUGGGGCUGAACCAGCUGCAUUUCCUCUGUAUCUCACCACUGCCACCAAAACCAAGUCCUUCAAGGUACAAAAACCCGUGCUGGGUUCCUGCAGCGAGUUCUUCCAUCACCUGCUGCAGAUCCUCACCUGCACAGCUCCACGGCGUGUCCCCACCAGGCCUGGCCACCGUCAGCACCGGCACAGGGCAGCACAUUCACCACCCCAGGCAGCUGCUGUGGCUUCUUCCUCCAGGAGGUGGCUGUGGAGAACUGGCACAUCACUGACAUCUGAGUCACCUGCAGCCUCAGCCACCACAGUCAUCUGAGAAAAGCUUCCUGCAGCUCUCUGAGAUUGACCAGUUCAUCAACCUCCCCUGGAUCAGAGGAACUGAUGGGUGAUGGGCUGCAGAUGCCCAGCGAGGCUGCAGCUCUCCAGGACGCUCCCGUGGCUCGAGCUUGACCCAGCCCCAGAUGCUGCCAGCACAGACCUUCCCCAUUCCCUCAGCCCCUUCCAACCACUCCUGUCUGUGUGCUUCAGAGAUCCCUCAGCCACACUGGCUUUGUGGCCCAGCUUUAAGAGGAUCCAUGCACCAUCUCCCUUGGCUUCCCACCAAAACCCCUCCCACAAAAUCCACAACAGAAAUCAGGGGUUAGAAAAAUUUAUUUGCUUUUUGGUACCAGGAGCUGCUCAUUUACCAGGAAGGAUGAUGCCAUCAUACUGUGAGGAAAAAAACAGAACACCAAGUGAGGAAGUGCCAUCAGGUAAAGGUGCAGAGUCACCACCUUCAUUCCAAGCCAGUCACACAACUCUGACUUCUGCUUCAGUCCCACAUGUGGCCCCUGAAGUGAGCAGUAAAAGCCUUUCAGCAGGAGCACUCAUUGUCCAGGCUGUGUCAGAGAUAUGGACAGAGGAUACACAAACUUGCUUUACUUGGAGCACUCCACCCUUCAUGUCUGGCAGCUGAGGCCAGGAGCUGUCAGAUAAAUCCUAACACUGCCUCAUCACUUGUGGUCCACGUACAUCCCCCCUCUCAGCCUGUGGGAGAUGGUUACACAGGGGCUGAUAGCUCCAGCUAUCCUGCACAGCUGCUCCUUCAGCUCAGGGGCAAAAAAGAGGGCAUGAACAGCACUCACACGCAAACACAACUUCUACUGCCCCAAAGCAGUGAUGAGCACCCCCUGCCCAGGGCCGUCUCCCAGUGAAGCACGUUGCUGGUACUUGCAGAAGCAAAGCCGAGCGUUACCUUCUGCUGGAACCAGCGCAUGGCCUCCUCCUUCCCAAUCCUGUGCUUGGCCCCGAUGUUGCCCGUCCUGCGCUUCUUGUCAGCGAUGCUGAAGCCAGGCCUGCCCAGCACCUGCAGAGCACACCCACACCACUGCUUCAUUCUGACACAACUUAGCACCUCCACAGACUCAGAGAAGCAGAAGUGAGCGUGGAACACAUCAUUUCUUUCCCUGAGGACGAGAGGCCUGACCAGCACUGCCAACACCAACUUCUGCCUGCUUCAGAUUUCCCGUGAGGCACGGCUGGGCAGGACUCAGCCACUGCUGCUGUGCCAUCCUGUGCCCGAAGCCUCUCCUGCAGCUCCUUCCUUCCCCCACCCCAGCACAGCCCCUCCAGCACUGGCCCAGCAGGACCACACAGAGCCUCAAGAUCUGCUCAGCAGAGACUGAGACGUGUCAUAAACACCAGCCCUGGGAAUCUCAGUUUAGACUUGGAUUUCUUUGCUGGUUUUCUAUCUUCCCACAAGUUCCUCUGAGACACUUCCAGGUCCCUUCCACACGAGCCCAGGAGCCCCCAGGAAGCGGGGUAUACGCACCACGUAGAAGUCCAAGCCGUAGAUACCGAUGCUGGGAUCGUAUUUGAUCCCCAGAUCGAUGUGCUCCUGGAUUCCAAAGCCAAAGUUCCCCGUGUCUGAGAAGUUGUUUUUUCUCAACUCAUAUUCUCGCACCUGAAACAUUUGUUGCCAGUCACCAUCUCACCACUGACUGCAAACACAGGAACAAGUCCUGCGUGUCCCAGCUGCCACCAGACCCACAACUCGCUCCCACACUGAGUCGUCUGCCCUAACAUUUUGCUCCUGCUCAUAAAUAUCAUCAGCAAAGACAGAACCCAAAGAACAGAGAAAGCAGCCACCACACCCCCUGGCUCCUAAAGGACAAAACAGCAACCAGGUGGAGAAACAGCACAAACUCAGCAGCCUGUGUAUGAAGCUGCUGCCCAAGCCUAACACCCAGGCUGACCUGUGACCACACCAGUGCCACUGCAGCCCCAUCUCUUCAGCUGCUACACAGUCACUUUUGUUCUUUCACAACUCAACGGCCCAGACCAGCCAAAUUCUCACCUUCAGGCCCUUCUCCAGAAUCUCCUCUGCUUUGGCCCCACGAACCGUGCAGUGAACAGCGAUCUUCUCGUUUCUCCUGAUGCCAAACGACCUGACAGUGUAUCGUGCUGUGGGCAGCAACAACGGCACUUACAUACUGAAGCCUCCCAAGGGAAACUACCACAGCCGAGGCUCCUCUGCAGCCCCCAGCCCGGGAAGCGCCCCCGCACGGGCCCCUCACCUUUGGAGAAGACGGGGGUCUGCCCCGUCAGCUGCUCCAGCACCUUGGCCGCCCGGGUGAGCCUGUCGCCGCUCUCCCCCACGCAGAUGUUGAGGCAGAGCUUGCGGAUGCGCAGCUCCCGCAUGGGGUUCUCCUUUUCUCCUUGGUCUUGCUGUGGAGAAAUGACACAGGAGCUACCGGCGAGAGCCCGGCACGCAGCCCGCAGCCCGGCCCGGCGGCCGGAGGCGGCUUGGACAGGCCGCUACCGCAGCCCGGCACCGACCACCCGGCACCGACCACCCCGCGGACCCCGCCGCGACCCCCUCCCGAGCACGGCGGCGGCGGCACGGCCACCGGGGAGGCCGCGGCCUGUCACGGCAGGCGCCUUCCCAUGGCGGCCCCCCGCCUCCUUCCUGCCCACACCGGCCCCGCAGCUCUCCCUGCCGACCUCCCGCACCGCCGCCCGCACGGGCCGCGUCCCGGCCGGGCCCCGCUAAGGGCGGAUGGCGGCGGAUGCAGCCGGCACGGCCGGGCCGCGGCCCGCGGCCGCCACCACUCACCGCCAUGGCGGGGGCGGGGAAGAGACGGCGCCGCGCCGCCGCGGGGCCUUAUGGGGCGGCGCGAGCCACGGCGCCGCCUGGUGGCGCGGAGCGCGCGCGGCCGGUUGCCGGGUAACGGCGCGGAGCGCGCGCGGCCGCUUUGGCCCUGGGGCGCGCGGGGACGGCCCUCGGCCGCCUCGGCACCGGGAGACAGCUGCUGCAACCCACAGAGCAUGGGCUACAUCAAGAGAAUAGUGGAGAAGAAGAUACCGGGGAUUUACGUUCUGUCUCUCAAGAUCGGAAACAACCUGGUUCAGGAUGUGGAGAACAGCUUCUUCAUGAACGUGAACGACCAAGUGAGAGAGGUGUGCAGGCAGCUGGCAGGGGACCCACGCCUGAAGGGAGGCUACAACGCCAUGGGCUUCUCCCAGGGAGGACAGUUCCUGCGGGCAGUGGCCCAGAGGUGCCCUUCUCCCCCCAUGCUCACCCUGAUCUCUGUGGGAGGGCAGCACCAAGGGGUGUUUGGCUUCCCGCGCUGUCCCGGCGAGAGCUCCCACGUGUGCGACUGGAUCCGCCGGGCGCUGGCCCUGGGCGCCUACACCCCGGCCGUGCAGGAGCACUUGGUACAAGCAGAGUAUUGGCAUGACCCCCUGAAGGAGGAGGACUACAGGAAAAACAGCAUCUUUUUGGCUGACAUCAAUCAGGAGAGGGGCAUCAAUGAGACAUACAAGAAAAACCUGAUGGCUCUGAAGAAGUUUGUGAUGGUGAAGUUCCUCAACGACACCAUGGUCGACCCCCCGAUCUCUGAGUGGUUUGGGUUUUACAAGAGUGGCCAAGCCAAGGAGACCGUCCCGCUGCAGGAGACUGUGCUGUACACAGAGGAUCGCCUGGGGCUGCAGCAGAUGGACAAAGCAGGAAAGCUGGUGUUCCUGGGGGUGAAAGGGGAUCACCUCCACUUCUCAGAAGAGUGGUUUUACACCACUAUCCUCCCCUUCCUGCAGUGAAGCUAAAAGGGAGGCUCUCGUGAGGGCAGGGGGGAGGGUCCACCACUGUAGUAAAUGCAGCAGCUACUGUGCAACAGCACUUUGUGUAUGAGGCUGGGGGAGCUGGGGAAGGGGAGGGGCUUCAGCUCAGCAGUUCCACAGCCUGCAGAGGCACUGCAGGAGGAGACUGGGAUUGAUCUGGGUGUAAUUACACUCCAGUAUGGGGUGGAUUGAGCCUGGCACUAACUCUGAAGCACUGCAUCCUGCACAGGCCUCGGUGAGUCUCCUGCUGGGAGAGCUGGGGCAGGCACCAAGUUGUGAGAGGUGUGUUCUGGGGCCUGUUCCCUGCAGGAGCCAAGGGCAGUAUUAACCCAGUGCACUAGAGCAAGAUGCUGCAUCUUCAGGGGAUCAGCAAGUAGCUUUAGCUGGCUGUGUGCAGAGGAGAGGUAACAGAGCCUGUCCUUCAGAGGGGGAAAAGGGAUAAAUAUAGAGGUUUCUGGGGAAAAAGGAGGGGUCUGAAUUAAGUGGGUACUAACAGCUUGAACAGUUGUCAACUAAUGGCUUGUUUUAUGCACUUUUGUACAGCAACUGAAAUCAAUAAAGAACUUACAUCUAACCACCUGAA